ACAUAUUUGCAUGUAUAUGUAUAUCUGACACUGUCAUCCCGAAUCUCAAUAACAGUGAUCAUCAGCGUUGGAUAAUCCAACUAAGGUAUUCUUCAUCUUUGAAAAAUGACUGCAACCGCCGCUUCAUUUCCCAAUUUACAAAGGAAUUUGAAGGGGUUUACACAGGUCCUAAAGUAUGCUGCUUGUGAAUGGAUUCUCAUCGUUCUGCUGUUUGUUGAUGGUGCCUUAUCUUAUAUGCUCACCAGUUUUGCAAAUUACUGUGAACUGCAAAGCCCUUGCAUUCUAUGCACGCGGCCCGAUCAUAUUUUCGGGAAACUAAAAGAUGGAUUUUAUCGGAAUCUGUUUUGCCGCCACCAUAGAUCGGAAAUUUCGUUCUUGCUUUCCUGCAACAUCCACGACAAGCUCGUCGAUGGUCGCGGAUUGUGUGACGAAUGUCUGUCGUCACAUGUCAGGGGACAUGAAUCCGACUUGGAAUGCAGAAGACUCAUUGGAGGAAAACUAGGGUAUGAUGGAAAAUUUGGUUCCCGAAGCUCGGUUCUCGAUGGGGUCAUAAGGUUAUGCCUGUGCUGCAACAAACCGUGGGCUGGAAGAUCAGAUUCACAUAGAUUACUUCAAUUAAAAUCACAUGACAUGAUGGUUCCGAAGUUGAACAUACAUCGAGACACUGAGCUGAAGAUCACUUCUGAAUUCAAAUUCUGUUUUCCGUCGUUCGAUGAUCUCAACAGCAACAGCGUAGUUCGUGAUGUAAUCGAGAACAAGCCUAAAAAACAGCCCGAACCCGAUGCUAAUGAAUCUCGUGUUGUGAGAUGUUUGGCUCCAGAGAGUGUGAAUAAAGAGAAACUGGAAGAUGAGAAGGGUAAUUUCAAUGAACUGCCUGGGCUUGUUUCUCUUGAUGAUUGUCCUUCAUUUGACCUUACGAAAGAUCCGAGAUUCAGUGCUGCAGUACUGGCUGAUCUUAUUUCUAUGGUUGAAACUUCGAAUCCCGAUAAUAGUAAGGAUGCUAUUGAACCAUUUUCAGACAAUUCAAAUAGAAGUGAAAAUAUUUCUCUCAUCAAGAACGAUGAAAUCUCGAAGUCAAUAAGCACCGGUCUCGAUACUGAUCGAUUAGUAGAUGAUACUAAAAACAAGGGAGUUAAUGAAGAUGUUAAGUCAUUGCCGGCACAUAAUUGUACCGGAGAAGGUAAUCAAAUUUCGUUGAACUAUUUAAGUCCCAAGUUACAAGAUCGUGCAACUGAAUUGCUGAGAACCAAUUCGAACUCCAUUGAGGUUCGGAAUCUUAAGAACCUUUUCAUCGAGGCAAUAAGUGAAUCCCCUGGCCUCAAAACUUUCGAUGAAAGCAGUGUCAUUGAAGGUGAAAGUGAGGAUAGGCUCGAAAAUGCCCGGGAGGACAUAAAUGCGUUAUCUAAGGAAUUAGAGGAAGAAAGAAACGCUUCUUCAAUUGCUGCAUAUCAGGCAAUGGCAAUGAUCACAAGGUUGCGAGAAGAGAAGGCAUCUCUCCGCAUGGAGGCCCUGCAGUACCUGAGGAUGAUUGAAGAGCAAGCCGAAUACGACGUUGAAGCCUUGGAGAAAGCUAACGAUCUCCUGACAGAAAAGGAAAGGGAAUUAAAAGAUCUUGAAGCUGAGCUUGAUUAUUACAGACGGAAGUUCCCUGAUGAAACACCGGACGAGCCGGGACCGGACGCUAGUGUCGACUUAGACAACGAACAUGUUCGGAUGGUGAAUGCAACAUGUUCCAAGCAAGUUGAUAUGGAAAAUUCCUUAGAAACAGGAUUUCCCGAGGCUUCUUUAGUCGACGAUGAACCCGUAGUCAUAACCGCAUUGUCCGAAAUCGAAGACGAGAAGUUGUACAUCUCUCACUUGUUGCAAAAGUUAGAGAAGAAACUUAGCAGGCUUGCUCAGUAUGGGGCUUCACGAGACUUUUCCGACAACGAACACUCCGACGACGAAAAUCAUGGAUUCUCUUGAAAACGAAAUUUCAGAGCUGAAUGAGAGGUUGGAAGCACUAGAGGCAGACUGUAGUAGUUUUCUUCAGCAUUCAUUAAGCUCUCUGAAACAAGGAAAGG